AUACCAGUUGGCUUUAAUAAAAGCAGCAGCUUACAUUAAAUUGAAAGGCAUUGACCCCAAAUUUGAAGAAGGAGAAUAAAAAAGAAGAGCGAGAAGAAAGGUUGAUCUUAUCGUCGUCGUGUCGAAGAAACGAAAUGAGAUGAGAAAAACAGCAAAAUAAUAAUCUUUAUCAUCAUCUUGUAUUGUACUGUAAAGAGAAGGGAUGGAUACAGAGCAGACAUUCAUAAGGGUUCAAGAAAGGUUCUCUCAGAUGCUAACCCCAAAAGUCAGGGCUGCUUUUGAGUAUAUGUAUCUGUUCAUUGCCAUCACUCUUUUUUGCAUCCUUGUUGUUAUGCACGCCAAUUAUGUCCAACAGCCUGGAUGUUCAAGUCAGCUAUCUGGGGUUGAAACACGGGAAGCCCAGCUUAUUCAAAUCAAGAUAACUAGUGCAGGUUUGUGGUCACAGAAUGAGUCUGAAUCUAAUGUGUUUAUUGAUCAUGAUGGUGAUCAUGAUGAUGUUCCUGAUGAUGAUCACGUGGUCAAUGCUGUAACCGAUCACCAAGUUGAAUUGCCGAUUGCCGAUCAAGGAGAUGGAGGGGACCCCUUUUUGGCUGCAAAGAUGUGGUUUAAUUGGAUUGGUUCUGGUGCUCGUAAGGGCAAACUGGAUUUCAAGUUCUGGAAAACUACUGAUGUUGAACAUCAUCAACAAGAUAAUACUGAAAGCUCUAGUUUGCCUGUACUUGAUAAUGUUCCACCUGCGGCUUCUGCUAAAACGGAUAAACUAGACACACGCAGUAGCUUUCCUAUAUCAGCCAAGGAAACUGUUAAAGCAGCCAUCAACCAUUUUGGCAAAAAGUGGCACCGGCGUUUAUCUUUCAUUUGGAGACUCGCUAAGCAAAUCUUACGAGGUUUCCAGAAGUUGUGGGAUAUUACAGGCAUACAUGUAAACCUUGAUGUUCCUAAGUGGCUGAGAAUACUUUACCUGGACAGGCUUAACUCUUUUGCUGUGCACUGGCUUGAGAAGAAGAAUAAAGCAUUUGAACCAACUUUUUUAUACACCAUGGAAAAGGGUUUCUUCUUGCUACCUGAAGAAGCCAAGUCUCGGCAUAAUAUACGUACUGUUAACAUUAGUAUAUCAGCCCGGCAUCCCUGCUUUGGAAACAGGUUAUAUUUCUUAUUAAACACGCACCAUGCACAGCACGCCUGGUGUUCUAUGAAAUCAACAAAGUUCUUCGCUGGACAAUUUUAAUGUUGGCAUAAGCUUUAAAUUGAAACCCUUAGACAUUCAUGCUGGAUGGUUCUGGUAAUUUGCCUUCCAUUCAGGUUUUGAA